AUGGCAGUCAGUAAUGAUAGCACAUCAGAGGUUUUGUUUAUACACCAACAAAUGUUUCAGGUUGCACUGACUGAAGGACCACUUUCAAAAGUUAGUGUUGCAACAAUAAUGUCACUUUUUUUUACUUAUUUGAAUGCUAUCAUGGUCUACACUAUUUGGAGUAAACCUGUUUUAAAAGAGACUCCACGCUACAUUCUCUUUACCCACAUGCUCCUCAAUGACUCGAUUCAGCUCAUCGUUACCUCCAUGUUGUACAUCUUCAGUUUGUCCUUUUUCAAAUUAAUUACAUUUGCUUGUGCUUUUUUGGUUUUUGUUUCAUCGACCACUUUUAAUAACGCACCUUUAAACCUUGCUGUAAUGUCACUAGAGCGUUAUGUGGCUAUACGCUUUCCUCUAAGACAUGCUGAAAUAGCCACUCAGAAAAGAACUCAUAUUGCUAUCGGAGCCAUUUGGUUUAUGGGUUCUAUAAACUUCAUAAUCGACUUGAUAUAUGGAGUAGUGAUGGAUUCUAACUUUCUAACUUCGCAAAUAUUUUGCACAAGAGAAAGACUUUUCAAGAGGCCAUGGCAAGCAGAUGUUUUGCAGGGCUUUUACAUAUUCUACUUUGUGUCAGUGACUGUGAUUAUCCUUUUCACUUAUAUCAGCAUAAUGAUCACAGCCAGGUCCAUUUCAUCCAAUAAAGACUCUGCUGCAAAAGCUCACAAGACCGUGCUGCUGCACAUCAUUCAGCUGGGCCUGUGCCUCACCUCUUUUCUCUACAGCAUUAUAGAACGAGCUGCAGCAAUGGCUGGCAGCAGCAUUCUUUUCAUGGACCUACGUUAUCUGAACUACCUGUUUGUGCUGAUCUUACCACGCUGCUUAAGCCCACUCAUCUACGGACUGAGAGACGAAGCUGUAUGUCCAUUACUCAUGCACUAUUUCCGCUGUGCCAAAGGCAAACGUAAGUCUACAGUCAAUGUUCACUGA